UAACUACAUCCGGGUGAGAGAUUUGACCUUGGUUGUGUUGAACAUGGCGACCCUCGUUCGGUUGACUUCGAUCUGUCGCAGAGGUGUCAAGCCUCUGUUGUUCAGAAACUCUCUCCUUGUGCGACCUGUCGUUGCUCAGAAAAAGGAACCAGACAGUAUUUUGAGCGCCCAGAUUCAUUCAACAGCUCCUCAAUACGAAGUGGGCAGUGGCUCCAAGGCAGCCUCACGACACUGGACAGGAGAGCGGGCCUUAAGCGUAGUGCUUCUAGGCCUGCUGCCUGCAGCAUACCUGUACCCGGGCCCUGUUGUGGACUACUCGCUGGCAGCCACCCUCACGCUGCACGGCCACUGGGGUCUGGGCCAAGUGGUGACUGACUAUGUUCAUGGCGAUAUGAAGGUUAAGGUUGCAAAUACAAGCCUCCUGCUGCUGUCUGCUGUCACUUUUGCUGGCCUCUGCUACUUCAACUACCAUGAUGUGGGCAUCUGCAAGGCUGUGGCCAUGCUUUGGAACAUAUAACUCCUGGGAAAUAACAGCACUGGGGUGGAGAUCACUUAACCUGUGUUUGUUCCAUUUUUUUAUUGUAAACAUCCAGGGGAUUACAUGUAAAUAUGUCUGGCUGUAGUAAAUUUUGGUAUUUUUAAUUAUGAAUGUUACUUUGAAAUUUAAGGGUUAUCUGAAUUUUGUCAUGUGCUCAUCUGUUAUGUACAAUGAAGGAACUUCAGUCAUACAUUUUCAAAUGUACAGAUGUAUCAAAAUGCUCAAGCUUUGUGGUGCAAUGAAAAUAAUGGUGGAAUCUGGACAAUGAUUGGUGACAAAUUAAGAUACACUCCAGUAUCCAAUAUUUAAAACCUCAGAAUGAGGCAGUGUAACCCAGUAUUUUUUUUGUUAAUGUGGUCUUAAAUGAGUUUGUACAAGAUGUACUCUCUGCUACAGUUGCUCUUUGAAGGACAUUUAUAUGGAUUCUAUAAAUUCCCAGUCACUUAAUCUCCCUGCUAUAAAUAACAUUCAGUGUUUUUGAAGAAAUCAAUCCAUAAUACCAAAGCUGUACAACACUA